AAUGCUCUAACAAAAUGGCACAUUGUACAACUAGUAUUUCCUGGUUUAUCAGUAAAUUUUUUUUUAAUUUUUUUAGUAUUAUUUUUGUAUACGCUGGUUUUUUGAAAGAAAAACAAAUUGAAUGUUUAUGCGCCGCAGCUGAGAGAGAUUACAAGCGGCAAAAAGCAAAAGGAGUAGAAAAUCGAAGUCGUUGUAUGUGUCAUCGUUGGCGUUCAUCAGUUUAUCCAUGUGGUUGCAAAAGAAAAAAAAUAUUUGGAGACUGCUAUGGUGACACUAACGGUGAUUUAGUUACAAAACAAGAGGAAGUAACAUCAAAUAAAUGCUGUUGCGGAAAAUAAUAACAUGUUGCUCUCGGAACGAAAAAAUAGAAUAAAAAAAUAAUAAAGUCAAGAGGACGAAAACUAGCAGAUAUUCAAACUCAAUUAAUAAAUGUCUCAUUUUGACUGUGACAUGUCUAUAAGUAGAUCUUUAGUAUGAUUUAGUGUCUCGGGACUUGUGACAUACUUUAACAUUUCACAUUAUUUAACGUCUUUUGCUGGCUCUCCUUCAGACUUGGGCGGGAUUUUCAUUUUUUUUAAAAUACAAAUACUUGGAAAAUUUUUAUAUUAAAGAUACAACUGUAACUUUAAUGUUUUAUAAAUAAAAAAGUUAG